AUGCAGGCUGGUCGACAGAUCGUAGUUCAAACCCGAAACUCCUCGGGUAAGCUGAAGGAGCUUGGUAUCCGACUCAAGUCCAUCCGAAACAUCGAGAAGAUCACCAAGACAAUGAAGAUGAUCUCCUCCGCCAAGUUCGCCAAGUCUUCCAAGAAGAUUGGUCCUGCUCGAGCCUUCGGAAUGGGCGCCCAGUCCAUCGAUGCCAGCACCGAGGGAGCCCAGAAGGAGAUCUUCGUUGCUGUCACCUCCGAUCGAGGUCUCUGCGGUGCCCUCCACACCACCAUCUGCCGAGAAAUCGAAGACGAUAUGGCCGCCUCCUCCGCCGCAGAGAAGAAGCUUGUCACCAUCGGAGACAAGGGCCGAGUCUACUUCGCCGCCAAGAACCCUGAUGAUCUCCUGCUCGAGUUCAAAGAACACGGCCGAAACGAACCUACUUUCGAGGACGCCUCCUUCAUCGCUCAGCAGAUCCAGGCCACUGGUUUCGACUUUGAAGCUGGUACUAUCAAGUUCAACCACUUCGCUUCUGCCAUGAAGCAGGUGCCCACCAACGCCACACUCCAUUCCGUCAACUCUUUGAGCAACGCUGACUUGUCCGUUUUCGAUUCCAUCGAUGAGGCCGUCCUCUCUGACUAUGCCGAGUUCAACAUGACCGCUUUGAUCUUCGCUUUGAUCAAGGAGAACUACGUCGCUGAACAGGGAGCUCGAAUGGUUUCCAUGGACGGUGCUUCUAAGAACGCUGGUGACAUGAUCGAAAAGCUCAACCUCUCCUUCAACCGAAUGCGACAGGCCGUCAUCACCACCGAGUUGUCCGAAAUCAUCUCCGGUAUGGUCGCCAUCGAAUAA